AUGCAAGAGUCACUGAGUUUUGCUGAGGUGGUCGCCAGAGGCGCGUCCACUCUUUCCGCCGAGCUGGGCGGCGUCGUGGCAUACAACCUGUGUGCCACAACCGACGCGACGCCACCGUUGGGGUGCCCAACGGAUUCCGCCCCUAUCGGGGGUGCAGGCCCUUUGCCGAUAGUUCGACCCGCCGGUGGGGAGACUUACGUCGAAGCCGUCAAGUCGCGGAGCUUGAAACUAAACGGUGUUCCGGUGAAUGUUGGGAAGGUGCUUGGUUGUGUGGAGUCUCAGACGAACUCAACGUUGCAAGAACAGGAGUCCGUGCUCUCAUCUUGGGCUGAUGAUGAUCAGUGCUUUUUUGACUCCAUACGCAUCGCCCAUGAGGAAGCUGAGAAGAGCAAGGAUACGGAGCGACCGCAGCAGAGAAGAGGCAGCGGCCAAUCUGAGGGUGGCUUCAAGCAAAAGCGCGUUGGACGCAGAUGGCGGUUUAUCAGUGGCGGCGAGAGCAGCAACAACUCUGGCGGGAGGCGCAGGGGACCUCACAGCAAUAACAAUAAUAGUAAACUCAAGUAUUGCAACGCCUUUCAGAAGAUGGGCGGUACUGAGCCGCCAAAUCUCUCCGGCGGACGCUUUGCAUCGCUGCGUUAA